AUGUUGAAGGAUAUGCAAGAUGAGGAACAUGUAAUUUUCAGGUGGUGGAAAAUUUCCCUUAAGAAUGAAUUUCAUUUAAGACCUAGAGAAAUGAUAGCAUCCCUGGAGGAUAAUAAUAAUUACAUAUUUCAGAUUGCUGUAGUGUUUGGUGCCAGAGUUCUGGACGUCCUCAAUCUGUGCCAAGGUAACUAUGACUUCCUGAAACAGCUUCCUGUCCCAUUGCUCCUGUACAUCAUUUCCUUUCUGGAGCUUGAAGAUAUUGCCAGACUUUCUCAAGUUUCACACAGAUUUGAAACACUAUGUGACAGUAAUGUGCUCUGGGAAGCUCUUGUGGAGAGCUCGUGUGACACAGCCACACCUGAAAUGAAAGAGCCCCCACAGGAUGUGGGCUGGGACCUUCACACACACAAAUGUCUGCCACAGCUCCAAAGGAGGCAGAAGCACCGUGCUCAGAACAAGAAACUAACUGAAUAAAGGUUCAUGUUCCAUUGAAGCAAUUGUUAUAAGGCAUGGCUGUUUAUUGGGUCAGACACGUGGAUUUUUCUUCUUUAUUAUGGAAAACAGACUUUUUAAGGAUUGAGAGGAAAACCAAAAUAUGUCUUACCAGGAGCAACAUGUAAAUAUUACAAUGUUUACUAGGAUGGGUAUCCUGAAAUUUUUUUUUAAUAGCAUCAUUGCAGUUACUGCAAUAGAACAGGUUGUGGCUACUUUGUAUUUCUUUCUUCUGAUUUCUCUGGUUUGUAUCUAUGCUACAGGUACACCAUGGCUUACAGCAGACACUGUGGCAUUGUCAUUUAUAGAGGCUGAUUAAUACAUCAUUUACAAUUUACUAGAUUUAGGACCCAAGUAUUAAACCAGUGAUUUUAGUGUUUGGAUAUAAUAGUUUCAUAUUUGAAGAGUGUAAAAAGUUUAAAAUUUUUUAACAUGCCAAGCACUAAAUUUGAAUUUUAUAAGUUGAUUAAAAACUAUGAAUACAGGGUUCUUGUAUAAUUCUGGUUGUUUAUAAACCAGUACUUUAAUACAUAAAUAUUCACUGAUUUAGAUUAGGGAUUUUUUUGUUCUAGAACUAUAUUAUCAAUAUGCUGGAAACAUUCAGUGAUUGUUGA